UCGUAGUUAUCCCAAGGUGCACGCGGGCUCCGGAAUGAAAUAGUUCCGGUUAAAUAAAACUCGCCUGAGAUUCACGCGCUCUUCCUUUCCGAGUGGAUGCCGAAGUCGCGAGCGGAUCAUGUCUAGCGGUUCUGCUGAUUAUCACAGCUCUAGAGAUCGAGACCAUGGAGGGCCAGAAGGAAUGGAGCCUGAUGGCGUCAUCGAGAGCAACUGGAAUGAGAUCACGGACAACUUUGAUGACAUGAACCUGAAGGAGACGCUCCUUCGAGGAAUCUAUGCGUAUGGUUUUGAGAAGCCGUCAGCUAUUCAGCAGCGAGCGAUUAUUCCUUGCAUUAAAGGAUACGAUGUCAUUGCUCAAGCCCAGUCAGGCACGGGCAAAACAGCCACGUUUGCCAUCUCCAUCCUGCAGCAGUUGGAGAUUGAGCAGAAAGAGACCCAGGCGCUGGUCCUGGCGCCGACCCGUGAGCUUGCUCAGCAGAUUCAGAAGGUCAUCUUGGCCUUGGGCGACUACAUGGGUGCGUCGUGCCACGCCUGUAUCGGAGGCACCAACGUGCGCAACGAGAUGCAGAAGCUUCAAGCGGAAGCGCCGCACAUCGUCGUGGGGACUCCGGGGCGCGUGUUCGACAUGCUGAACAGGAGGUUUCUCUCUCCUAAAUGGAUCAAGAUGUUUGUCCUGGAUGAAGCAGAUGAAAUGCUGAGUCGUGGUUUCAAGGAUCAGAUCUAUGAAAUCUUCCAGAAAUUGAGCACAAACAUUCAGGUGGUGCUCCUUUCGGCCACCAUGCCCGCUGAGGUCUUGGACGUGACCACGAAGUUCAUGCGUGAGCCGGUGCGCAUCCUGGUGAAGAAAGAGGAGCUCACCCUGGAGGGUAUCAAGCAGUUCUACAUCAAUGUAGAAAGAGAGGAAUGGAAAUUGGACACGCUCUGCGAUCUGUACGAGACUCUGACGAUUACCCAGGCCGUCAUUUUCCUGAAUACGAGGAGAAAGGUGGACUGGCUGACCGAGAAAAUGCACGCGAGAGACUUCACCGUGUCUGCUCUGCAUGGAGACAUGGAUCAGAAGGAGCGUGAUAUCAUUAUGAGAGAGUUUAGGUCUGGAUCGAGCCGAGUGCUGAUUACUACAGAUCUGUUGGCUCGUGGUAUCGAUGUGCAACAAGUUUCCCUUGUUAUCAACUACGACCUUCCGACGAACCGAGAGAACUACAUCCAUAGAAUUGGCCGUGGAGGUCGUUUUGGCAGAAAAGGCGUCGCCAUUAACUUCGUUACUGAAGAGGACAAACGGAUCCUUCGAGACAUUGAGACGUUUUACAACACGACCGUGGAGGAGAUGCCGAUGAACGUGGCCGAUCUGAUUUAAACCGCCGGAGAUUUAUUUUUAAUGCAGGGAUAGCUACAGAAUAAUCACUUGCAUUUUUUGCGCUUAUUUUAUUGGAAGAAUAAAAAAAGCCUGUUUCUCCUCAAUGCUGGCUGUGGAUCAGACGUGCGAAUUCGAUACGAUACGUGACGUGACUUUCCUGCGCGGACGGCUGUGGGCGUCGUAUCGGUGUCUCCCGGGUAGCGGCGUUUGCAGAAAAAUGGGUUCUUUAAAUGUGUUCUUUAUCAGGUAUUUUCUCCCUAGUAUGUUCAAAAUAUCCGUGUUAGAUGUUCUUCAUCGUUUAGUAAUUUACUUGUGGACUAAAAGAUACAAGUGCUGCAUCAAGUCUGCCAAUUAUGUUAUGCUAACAUACGUGUGCAGUUUAACUUGGUUCACUCACUCCUUCCCUGUCAGUAAACGCAAAGGCACUUUUUUUUUUUGGAUUGUAUUAAUUUAAUUGUAUAUUGUUUUAUCAAGUACUUCUUUGUGUGAAGUCCUCUUCAAAAGUGGGUCUUAACAUUUAAAGGAUUUAAAUGUUUCAUGUAGUGUUUGGCUCAUUUGACAAUAAAGAGGAUGGUGAUACUCUC